GAGCCUUGGGUGGCGGCCGCGGCCGGCUGGGGUGGGCUGUGGAGGGCCGCCUGGGCCCGCUGCCCGACCUGGGAGCUGCUGACCGCCUGCGCGGUGAUCGGCGCCCUGGGCUGGCUGCUGCGCUUGCUGGAGAGGAGACCGCGCGGGGGGCGCCGAGGCCUAGGACCGGGAGCCACCGGGGCUGCCGCCGCCGCCGCCUCGCCACCUCCUUCUCCUCCUCCCGAGGAGAAGCAGCGCUGCCACGGGAGUCUCCGCCAAGGGACAGUAACUAUGGAUGUCAUACUGUCACAAUUAAAGCAGCUAACUCCUGAUGAGCUCAGAGAAGAAAUUGUCAAAGCUGGACAGAAAUGUGGGCCCAUUACCCUAACCACCAGAUCAAUUUUUGAAAAAAGAUUGGCCCAGUCAUUAUUGGAACAGAGAAGAAGACUAGAAGCAGAAUCUCCUGUUUUAAAUGGCGUAACUGGUGCAGCUGAUGCCAGCCAACCUGAAAUAAAACCUUUAAGGAAUCAAAAUGGUCACGUAAGCCCCUCUGAGGAUAGUGAUUUUGGGUACAGUAUGGGCUUGAACCCACCAGAAGAGGAAGCCCUAAUGCACAAGACUGAUGUUGACUCUUUAAGUUCUCAGACUCCAUCUAAGGAACCUCUGUUAUACUAUGGCGUAUGUCCGGUUUAUGAUGAUAUACUGGCAAGAAAUGAGAGGGUACAUGUGUAUGAGGAUAAAAAAGAAGCUUUGCAAGCUGUUAAAAUGAUAAAAGGCUCUCGAUUUAAAGCUUUCUCAAAUAGGGAAGAUGCAGAGAAAUUUGCCAAAGGCAUAUGUGAUUAUUUCCCAUCUCCAAACAAGCCCUCCUUAUCUUUGUCUCCCAUUAAAGGUUCAGUAUUCAACAGAGAUGGCUUAUGCUCUCCUGAGAUGGAAACAGUUAGUAAAGAAAGAGCCAACAGUUAUAAAAGUCCUCGUACACAGGAUCUUACUGCCAAACUUCGGAAAGCUGUUGAGAAAGGAGAUGAAGCGGCAUUCUUGGAACUAAUCUGGAGUAAUCCUCGCUAUCUCAUUGGUUCUGGAGACAACCCAACAAUUGUGCAGGAAGGCUGUAGAUACAAUGUCAUGCAUGUUGCAGCCAAAGAGAAUCAACCAGGUGUCUGCCGCUUGCUGUUGGACACUUUGGAAAAGCCUGAAUUUAUGCGGCUGAUGUAUCCUGAUGAUGACAUGAUAAUGCUGCAGAAGCGUAUCAGAUACAUUGUUGACUUGUAUCUUAAUACACCAGAUAAAAUGGGAUUUGAUACGCCUUUGCAUUUUGCUUGCAAAUUUGGGAACUCAGAUGUAGUUAGUGUCCUUGCUUCACACCCAGAUAUUGUAAAGAAUUCAAGGAACAAGUAUGAUCAAACUCCAGCAGAAGUAAUUUGUGAAAGGAGCAAAAAUAAAUCUGUGGAUCUGAAAGAUAAAAUCAGAGAAUGUUUGCAAGGUCAGUAUUAUGUGCCACUCUUCAGAGCAGAAGAUAAUGCCUCGGCACCUGUGAUUGGACCACCUUGGUCACCUGAUCAGACAGAUGAUAGCUCUCAUACUGGUUUACCCAGAUACUUUGUCAGCCCCAAAGAGCCUGUGUUGACCGUGAGGGCUUAUGCAGGCCCAAUGAGCCCUUCCAAGGCAGAAGAUUUCCGCAGGCGUUGGAAGACUCCACCUCGAGAGAAAGCAGGGUUUUUUCACAAUCUCAGAAAAACUGAUAUGGAAAGAGGAGUUGAGAGAGCUGGAAGGGAAUUAGCUCAUGAACUGGGGUUCCCCUGGGUUGAAUACUGGGAAUUUCUGGGCUGUUUUGUUGAUCUGUCUUCCCAGGAGGGGUUACAAAAGCUAGAAGAAUACCUGAGUCAACAGGAAAUGAGUGAUAAGGCUCAACAAGAAAAGGGGGAGAACGAAACCCACAACAGAUACAAAACUGCACAGCUUUCUGGCAAAAGUAAAAAAAGCUGCAAUUCUAUCUCUGUUGGAGCAUUUCUUGAUGACGAUGAUAUGAGUUUGGAAGAAGUAAAAAACAGGCAGAAUGCUGCCAGAAAUUACAGCCGGACGAUCACAUCGAAUGAACCAACGAUCAGUGAUAUUGGAAGCUCAGAGUGUGACAUCCUGUCCAUUGAAAGGACCAGGAGCAUAAUGCAAACGGCAGAAGCCCCCAAUCGGCACUCAGAGAAAGGAAUUCCUGCCAGUAAAAACGGAUUUUGUAGCUCUCUGACCAGCGAUAGGACUGUAAGCCCUCACAGGAGGCAUCCGAGCCAAGGAGAAGAGUGCCUUCAGUCGCCAGUCGCCAAUUUAAUGGAAGAAUUUGAUAAACUGUCUUGUCAGGAUCAGACAGUGACAGGCGAAUGUUCAAUAGGGAAGCCGAACCAAGCUGCCACCAAAAGCAAGUGUGAGAGUAGUCAGGUGGAAAGUACAAGGCAACUUAGAAAAUGUAAGGAUCAGCUGACUAAGACAUGUUUGCAGCUUCUCAAGACGGGGGCAGCUUCUGGAAAGAACGAAGAUACAAAAAUAAGGACAGAAGAAAAAACACAGCUAGAAGCCGACAACCCACUAACAGAGAGUAGUGUCUGGGAUGGGGAGACAAAGCAGUCUUGCGGUUCUGAAUUACAGCCUGAAACCCUAAAGACCCCAUCCUCAAAUGAAAAAGCCAAGCAGCUGUUUCUCUUAGGGAAGCAGCCAUCAAAGUUGGACAAUGAUGUGUUAAGUGCACUACAUGGAGUAGAUAUUGACUCACAAAGAUAUCCUGCUAUUCACAAGUGGAACAUGUCCAUACAGUCCUACUCAUGUUCUGAACGACAAAGUUGGUCAAGCCCAUCACUAAAAGGAAGAUUCACGUCUCAAACAGCUUCAAGCCCUUCAAGUGGUCCAGCAUACUGUAGCCCAGGAAAGAAUAGUCCGGUAUUCAGUAGUCCAGGGAAGUACAAUGCAGCAGCUGCUGCUGCUGGCUUUUCUCCAGAUUUUGGGAGCCCUGGACGGUACAGCCCCGCCUAUGUGAACCACAUUCUGUUGUCCAAACGGCAUCACUACUCAGGACCAUCUACCCAUUAGAAUAGAAUGUGACUCUCUAGAAUUGCAAUUAAGUAUUUAAGUGAAGGAAAAAAUAGGGUAUUGAAACACUGAUAUGGUGUGUCUCUGACCCGUUUUAUUUAUUCUUCUUACAGAAAGGGGCUGCUUGCAAAGAAUGUCUCAUUCCAUUUACCAGAUAAUUGGUGACAAGUAGAUUUGUAACAGUUAUGUGUUGAGAGUACCUGAGCAGUAAACUAAAAAAAUUCCUAAAGUGAUGGUGGGUAAAAGUGACCUAUAUUGGACAUGGUCAUCAAUAUCAACUUUGCCCACACAGCACUUCUCCAUAUUGGCUUCCCUUUUUCUGUAGCAGCUGUAGACUAAAAGGAACUGAAGACUGCAAGUUUGUAUGUUUGUACUAGUCUUCCAAUUGAGUUGCGAGGAAAAGAGUUGCUGCUUUUCAGUGUGUGUGGGUUGCAAAUUUAUAGAUUGUUUUAUCUCAUUAGGGCUAGUUUAAAAAGAAGCAGCAAGUGAACCAGUUAUUGUCAUAUGCUGAAAUGUUAAAAAAAAAACACCUAAUAGAAAUUAAUCAAACUGAAGUCUCUUCCUCCACCCCACUUACCAUGGGCAGAUUUUUCAGUUCCUACACAAAUAGCAAUAACAAAGUUAUCACUCGCCUUUCUUUUAACAGUCUGCUUCUCUAUUUUAUGCUUUGGGAACAAAUGCUUUCAAAGCUAACUUCAUGUUUGAAAUCUCUAGGCUGGAUAACAGCAAUUCCACUACAAUGCAACGCCUUUUAUUUUGGUGGUACAAUUCCAACAGUUUUAGAAUACACCCUUCAAACUUGCCCAAGUCUACAUUCUGAAUAGUUAUGUUUACUGCUAGCAUUUCCUUGUACUCUAGUUCAUUAUUGCACAUAAAUAUCCACCCUUAUGUAUACUGGAGAUUAUUGUUUAGAGUAGAAAAGCCAGACUUUGUAAUUAGGCCUAUUUAUCAUGCUGCAAAUGAUACUUUUCAUCAGAGUGUGGUGAGACCAGAUAGGGAUGUAUUAUACCAAUUUGAAAUCAUCACAGCAUCAGUGGCUACCUUAGGUUGCUUCCUUACACCAAGUGUAAUGAACAUUUUGUAUACUGUUCCUGAGUUUUUGAUGUUUUGGUACAAAACUCCAGAACUAACUUAAGACUCUUCCAAUUUUGUUAGUGCCUUUUGUAACAUUUUUAUGUUUGUUACUUCUGGGUCUUACUUUUAACGAGUGCUGUUCCCUUACAUGAGCACUAACUGCAUUUUAACUUUCCAACACUUUUGAAUGGAGUUCCUUUUUAAGCUGACCUUUGUAGUUUAAAGAGAUGUUCCAAAUUCCAUUUGUUACUUUGUAUAUUUACUAUAGGUGGCCAAGCUACAAAUAAACAUUUCCAGUUAGGAUGGCUCUUACCUUACCAGUUGUUAAAUGGCAUAAAAAUAAAACACAAGCAGUUCUUCUUGGAUGCAGUUCCCUUUUGAAAUUAGUCUUCAAAUUUGUCAUGUGUAUCAUUUUCCAGUAACUAUAGAACAGAUUACCCAAGGUCUGUUCACACCGUAUCAGUACAUGGAAGCUAUCUUCUCAUAUAGGCCCAUAUAACUCAGACUGCAUUGUGACUACUGCAGUAGAAGGAAUUUCCCCAAUUUAGAAAGUGGUUUCUGUAUGUCCCUUAACAUGAUGAAUCACACGAACGUCAAUAGCUGGCUAGCAAACACAACGGUACAAAUCUUUUGACAAAUACUGAAAAUAAGACCUCAACACAAACUUAUUUUCUUAAACUUAUAGAUACGUUAUCCGGUCCAGGUAGUCACAGUCCCUCUUGUAUAAAGCAUUCUUCACCGUGUAUAAAAAGAGCAUUCUUGCUUAGCAUCUGCAGAUCUUUGGUUUAAAACAAACAAAUUUAAGCAAUUGACAGUGUUUUGUUAUAACUUUUCCUUUGCUUUAAUACUCUUGUUAUAUGCUUUUUGUAUUUAAAGAGUGUUUUUGGAGCACAAACUAUCAGUUUAACACUUGUCUUGUGAUGGGGGAGAAAGCGUCCAAAGGGUUGAUGUUAGAAAAUCCAUUCAUGUCUAGAAUUCACAUUUGAGUCCUUUUGUCUAUGUGUUCAAGUGGAUUUUUAACAAGCUUAUUAAAUUUGUUUAUUUAAA